CCUCCUCUAGUCCUUUCACCCUGUUCUCCUCUUUAGGCUUCUUUUAGGGUUUAUCUAUUCUAAGAAUUAUUUUGAUUUGAUUAUAUGUUGAGGCUUAGGCUUUAAAGAGCUUCGAUGCAUGGACCUGACACUGCGAAGUCAGCCUUUGUAAACUUUGAUUGCUAUGACCACUAAGGUAGCUUUAAUUGUCUGAAGUAAAAACCAACUGUUACUUAUUCCCGUGCAUCUUUGAGUAUACUUGGUAUAUCUACAUAUAAAUUUCCUGAAGCAAGAUUUGCCUGAUUUACUUCUGCAGAAUAUGACUGAAAUAUUCAGCCACAUGGCAUGCAGGCAGUUAUUACAAAUGUUAUUUGCUAUAAUCUUCUUUCACAUUUCUGAGUACAUUCUAGCAAUUGCCAUUCAUGGGAAAAUGAAUGUAACUCUCAAGUCUCUUUUAGUAAGCAAACACUAUCUUCUGGCCAUGAUUUGUUCGAUACUAGAAUACAUUGUUGAAAUUUAUAUCUUCCCGGGGUUAAAGGAACACUGGUGGAUAAGCAAUGUGGGCCUUGUUUUGGUUGUUAUUGGUGAAAUUAUACGAAAGUUGGCUAUAGUAACUGCUGGUAGGGCAUUCACUCAUCGUAUAAAACGAUAUCAUGAAGACCAUCAUAAAUUGGUAACUUAUGGAGUCUAUAGAUAUAUUCGGCAUCCAGGUUAUUGUGGCUUCUUCAUCUGGUCUGUUGGAACUCAAAUAAUGCUUUGUAAUCCUUUAUCCACACUUGCAUUUGCAUUGGUUGUUUUUCGUUUCUUUCAACAACGGAUUCCAUAUGAGGAGCAUUUCUUGCGGCAGUUUUUUGGUUCAGAAUAUGAGGACUACUCUAGACGGACUUCUUCUGGAAUCCCAUUUCUCAAAUGAUGCUCUAUUGAGUUGUUUUGGAUAUCAGCGUUAUGUUUGUAUCCUGUAAAGAUUUUUAUCCAUUCUAACUGAGAUAUAGAAAGCUGGUUUGGAUGGUGAUUUUUAUUUAACUAUGGUAGCUUGUCACGUGUUUGUUUUUCCGUUAUAAGUUGAUUAGGAAACAGAAAUAAGUAGACUAGUUUUAGUUUUUCUCCUCCGUCCCGUUUUUGAAUAACUGUUGUCCGUAAAUUGCAUUGAUUAUGUCCUGUAUUGACCUUGUGAAAGAUUUAUUUAUCAACUUGCAUAUGGUCGGAGGGAGAUUGAAUUUAUAGGAAAAAA